AUGUCGAAGUUCUUUGCUCAGACUGGAAGUGACAGUGAAUAUGAGAGCGACGCGGAGGAAGAGUUGGAUGAGGUUCAAGAUACCAAUGCUGGUGGUGCCUCACGUUAUCUUCCAGGUGCCAGUGAUAGCGACGACGAAGAUCUCCGUAAACGUGUUGUUCAGCCAGCGAAAGACAAACGUUAUGAGGAGAUGGUCCAUACCGCGGAGCAGAUGAAGAAUGCCAUUAAUAUCAACGAUUGGGUUAGUCUACAAGAGAACUUUGAUAAGAUUAACAAGGAGCUGGUAAAAGUUAUGAGGAUUACAGAGGCUGUGAAGGCUCCAGUCUUGUACAUCAAAACCCUUGUGAUGUUGGAGGACUUCUUAAAUGAAACUCUGGCCAACAAGGAAGCAAAGAAAAAGAUGAGCACCAGUAACUCCAAGGCCUUGAAUUCAAUGAGACAGAGAUUGAAGAAGAACAAUAAGCUGUAUGAAGAAGAAAUUAAUAAAUACAGAGAGUCUCCAGAAACCGAGGAAGUGAAGGAAUCAGAGGAUGAAGAUGAAGAAGAUGACGAUGAGGAGGAUGAGUCUGAGGACGAUGGUAAAGUGGAGGUUGAGUCUGAAGAGGAGGAAGAUAACAAUAGAGGUGAUCCCUCUUGGGAGAAGAUGCUAAGCAAGAAAGAUAAGCUUAUGGAGAAAUUGUAUAACAAAGAUCCUAAAGAGAUCACAUGGGACUGGGUCAACCAAAAAUUCAAAGAAGUUGUGGCUGCCCGUGGCAAGAAGGGAACUGCUCGAUUUGAACUGGUUGAUCAGCUUACACACCUGUCAAGGAUUGCCAAAACUCCUGCACAAAAGCUUGAGAUCAUGUUCAGUGUUAUUUCUGCACAGUUUGAUGUGAAUCCUGGUCUCAGCGGGCACAUGCCUAUCAAUGUGUGGAAGAAGUGUGUGAAUAACAUGCUUACGAUACUUGACAUUCUUGUCAAAUAUGACAACAUCGUUGUCGAUGACACGGUUGAGCCUGAUGAGAACGAAACCUCAAAGCCAGCAGAUCAUGAUGGAACAGUUCGGGUCUGGGGAAACCUUGUUGCAUUCGUGGAGAGGAUAGACACUGAAUUUUUCAAGAGUUUGCAGAGCAUAGAUCCUCAUACACGUGAAUAUGUGGAGAGGUUGAGAGAUGAACCGAUGUUCUUAGCUCUUGCUCAAAACAUCCAGGACUACUUUGAGCGGUCUGGUGAUUAUAAAGCUGCGGCAAAGGUGGCCUUACGACAGGCUGAGUUAAUUUACUACAAGCCUCAGGAAGUUUAUGAUGCCAUGAGGAAACUGGCUGAGCUGGUGGUAGAAGAAGAAGAAGACAGUGAGGAGCCCAAAGAGGAGACUGGACCUCCUCCUUCAUUCAUUGUUGUUCCAGAGAUUGUUCCUCGUAAGCCUACCUUCCCAGAGAGUAGUCGAGCUAUGAUGGAUGUUCUUGUCUCCCUUAUUUACAAAUAUGGAGAUGAGCGGACUAAAGCCCGUGCUAUGUUAUGUGAUAUCUAUCACCAUGCUUUAGUGGACCAAUUUGUGACUGCUAGGGAUUUGUUGCUGAUGAGUCACCUGCAAGACAAUAUUCAGCACAUGGACAUCUCAACACAGAUCCUCUUUAACAGAUCCAUGGCACAGCUUGGUCUCUGCGCGUUCCGAGUGGGAAUGAUUAACGAGGCUCACAGCUGCUUAUCUGAGCUGUAUUCUGGUCAAAGGGUGCGGGAGUUACUUGCUCAAGGUGUCUCUCAAAGUCGAUACCACGAGAAGACUCCCGAACAGGAAAGAUUGGAGAGGAGACGACAGAUGCCAUAUCACAUGCACAUAAACCUUGAGCUUCUCGAAGCUGUUCAUCUCAUUUGUGCCAUGCUACUAGAGGUCCCUAACAUGGCAGCCAAUUCUCACGAUGCCAGGCGCAGGGUGAUUAGCAAGAACUUCCGUCGCCUGCUCGAGGUCAGCGAGAGGCAAGCAUUUACUGCUCCUCCUGAGAACGUCCGUGAUCAUGUCAUGGCAGCAACCCGAGCUCUCACCAAAGGAGACUUCCAAAAGGCUUUUGAGGUUUUGAACUCGCUUGAUGUUUGGAAACUGCUCAAGAAUCGGGAAGCCAUCCUUGAUACGGUGAAGGAUAGGAUCAAAGAGGAGGCUUUGAGGACUUACCUCUUCACAUACUCGACAUCUUACGAGUCCUUAAGUGUAGAUCAUCUCGCCAAGAUGUUUGAUCUCUCUGAGAACCAAGUCCACAGCAUCGUGAGCAAGAUGAUGAUCAAUGAAGAACUCCUUGCAAGCUGGGACCAGCCUACACGUUGCGUCGUCUUCCACGAUGUCCAGCACAACAGGCUGCAAACCUUGGCUUUCCAGUUAACAGAGAAACUUGCUGUUCUUGCAGAGAGCAACGAAAGGGCAAUGGAGGCUAGGACCGGUGGUGGUGGUCUGGAUCUGAACUCAAGGAGAAGAGACAACAAUCAAGACUAUGCAGGCGGAGCAGGUGGUGGAAAGUGGCAAGACAACAUGUCGUACACCCAAGGAAGACAAGGAUACAAUGGCGGUGGUAGAUCUGGUUACGGUGGUAACAGAUCAUCUGGGCAUGGUGGUCAGACAAGAGAGUGGUCUGGUCAGAAUCGAGGGACUGGUGGGUAUGCAGGAAGAGGUGGAACAGGGAACAGAGGAAUGCAGAUGGACGGCACGAGCCGUAUGGUAAGUCUUAAUCGAGGGGUUCGUGCAUAG